AGUCUCUCAAUGUGCAUGACAAUGUAAGUUUCCCACUCCACAGAAAGUGGAUAUACCUAAUCUAUGAGAUCUCAUAGUACUACUCAAAUUCCCUCUCCGUCAAAUCAGGGACUUGAUACUAGUGUAGUAGAACGACCUAGGGUAGUGUGUGAAAUUUGUCACAAAUCAUUCUUCUUCGAUUCUCAGCUUCAUAUAGUUACAGGCCAUCAAAAUGCGAAAAGAACUUGUGGCCUUAUAGGCUGCAAGAGCAGCUUCGACUCGUGUACAGGGCUUCGCAAACACCGAAAGUUACCACAUUCGCCAAGUCACCAUCCAUCUUGGGAUGAUUCUGCCAUUGCAUGCGCCGAAUGUAAUGAGACUUUUAAGUACGAAACCGGCUUGAUAAAACAUGGAAAAGAUCAGAAACACAGUCCAUAUGCAUGUUCUUGUGGAGCCAAGUUUGCCCGAAUUGAUGCACUCGGCCGCCACAUCAAGAGCUUCCUCAAGGAAAGUGCCCAAUAUCAUUGUCCUUUCUGUAAGCGCUAUCGCGGCAAGCAAGCUUUCCGCCGGAAGGACCACCUCGUUCAGCACCUUAAAGGCUACCACAAGACGGAUUCAGAGGAAAUAGACAACAUUGCGCCCCUGGAACGUCGAUCUGAGAGCCGCCAGCUCCUGAGUUGCCCGUAUAACGAUUGCGCGGCGUACCGAGAUGACUCCUUCAGGGCCCUGCCAUGGAAAGAGCAGUUCGAAGGAAGACCGUUCCAAAAACAAUCCGAGUACAAUGAACAUAUGAGAAAAGUGCAUGGAGACAGCGCAUUUCCCUGCCCUGUUGACGGCUGUGACCGAGUUGGCACUAAAGGGUACAUGCGUGAGAAAGAUUUGAUCAAACACCUUGCCAAGAUGCACCCCGGUGCACCGAGUUAUGUCUAUGUGGCCCCAGAGCCCUCUGAGUACGACUGUGUGGGAUGUGGUAAGAAGCUUUCCAGCCUAGAUAUCCUUGAGUGGCAUGAGGCACACGUUUGUAAGGUCCUUCGAGACCAGUGACUACAGGGUUCUACUACUGCUAUUACCAAAUAAUUGAAGGCAGGGAGUCUUGACUUCUUAAAGGACAUAGGUUUUGUUCUAUGAGCUCUGAAUAGUGCCGGGGAUUCGUGGAAACAUAUACCAUGCUGACAUAGGUCAACCGUGAAGGUGGGUCCUCGGGUAACGGAAAAUUACUAUUUUAUGCUGCUUGUUGGUUCAGAUCCGCGUUGCAAGAUCGCCAACGAGGUGACCGUUUGAGGUCAAACACCCGACUUAUGUAGCUCUAUUGUCAUUCAUUCAAAUAUGUCAGGGCAAGGACUACGUUGUUUGUUUCUUAACUUCAGUGAAUUACUUCGACGCUCAUUUCAUAAAUGGAAGGAUCGGUCUCACAAUCGCCUCUAGGCUCUUGACCAGUGAUGUCUUAUAACUCGUAGCAUUACCCGAUCCCUGAUUGAGAUCAUGCUACUUAUCAAAUGACAUUAUUCUCCCUCUG